AAACAUGGCGUCAUUUAUUGUUUCACUCUGGGAGCAGCCAUAUUAAUUCCUCUGGCUGACGACUCAAAAAAACCACACCCACUGCCGUGGAGUCCAUUUCCACUCAUAACGACCCCGUAGGGUUUCCAAGGCUGUAAAUCUUUAAGAAAGGUAACUACCACAACUUUUCCCCAGCCAGUGCUAACAACUGGGAAAGUCUCGCGAUAUAGGCGAAUCACGGGCCGCGCCAGACCCCGCCUGGAUACGGAGAGUCCUGCAACCCCGGAAGGGGCGGGGAUGUGGCACUUCGCUGAGGACGCCGGAGAAGAGGCGGGAAGUUGAGGAGUCCGGUUCUCAGAAGAGGAGGUUUCUGCCGCUGCCCGCGGUGUGGGAGUAAGGGCAUCAUGUUUGGUUAGCGAUUGUGCGUCUCUAAAAAAAAAAAACCCAGUGCAGUCUCUAGCGGUCCCUAAUUUUAGACCUUGUUGCGGUUAGUAAUUAAGGGGACAUGUGGUGGCCCCUGGUGGCGUAGUGGUUAAGAGCUGCGGCUGCUAACCAAAAGGUCAGCAGUUCAAAUCCAUAGAGUGCUCUUUGGAAACCCUAUGGGGCAGUUCUACCCUGUCCUAUAGGGUGGCUGUGAGUCGGAGUCAGAAUCGAUUCCAUGGCAAAGGGUUUUUGUUUGUUUUUGGUGGCGGCGCAGUGGUUAAGAGCUGCAGUGAGCUACGGCGGCUAACCAAAGGCCUGCAGUUCGAAUCCACCAGUCGCUCUUUGGAAACCCUGAGAGGCAGUUCUGCUCUGUCCUGUGGGUCGCUGUGAGUUGGAAUAGACUCCACGACAACGUUUUUUUUUUUUUUUUAAACCGGUUAGCAGCAGUUAUUGCCGCCCUGUGGGACUCUUGAUUUUGCUGGUGGUGGAUCCUGAGGAGGGUCAGUGACUGAUUUGAGAUAUUGGGCGAGGGGGAGGCGGUUAGUGAUUAGGGGUGUCUGUAUAAGUGAUUCUGGGUUUCUCAGGAUUAGGGAUUGAGGUCACAGAAAUUAGAGGCUGAAGCCCUGAAAAGGGGGAAUCUGCUUUAGGAUUACUUUGUGGGGGAUCAUUGAGUGAGGGCUGUAGUGGGCAACGGAGCCUGGGGGUAGGCUACAUGUCAUCAGUGCUUGGGGAGAGGGGUGCUUCAGCUCUGAAUUAUGAGAACAGUUUGCACUCAGCAUACAUGUUAUUGUGUGCUGGGUUUCCUUUUGUGGAUUUAUGCAUGUAAAGAUAUGAGGGUCUGGAAGGGUUCCCAUUCAUCUCCCAGAGGUCCUGCUUCCACCCUUGGAUCUUGUGAACAGAGCUGAGGCUUCACAUUCUCUACUGCUGUUUUGCAGCUAGCUAAGUACAAGUAGUUUCCGACUUAGGACAGACAGGGCACCAUUCCCAUGACUCUGUCCUAAGUCGAUUCUGAGGUAAGUGGAAUACCUCUUUUUUUCUUUUUAGUUUUCAUUAUUGCCUGCUGUAGGCCAGUGUUUUGAACAGAAAACUCUAACAUUGAAUGUCUGUGAAUGAACAUCUGAGAAUGAUAACAUCAGUGAGUUGUGUGCUGCAACAUUGUAGUACAUAUUACUAAAGAUAAGAUGCACAAAAAAUAGAAAUAAAAAAAAGAGGGUCUUAAGUGCGGUUUGUCGUACGUUGAAUACUUCCUAAAUCGGAGACUACCUGUACUUCAUGCCCAAGUCUCUCCUUAAACCCCUUUCUCAAAGCCCCUUUGUCUUCUCCCUGCUUUUCAGUCUAUGUGCUAUCUCUGGACAAUUUCAGCCAUACUCACUUCAUCAGCUUCCAGCUUUAAACUCACAUCUUGCCAAUCUAUAGCCCUAGUUUAGACCUUCGUUUUAAGCUCCAGAUUCACGUAGCCAGAUGUUACAUAUCUCUAUGAGGGUUACUCACAAGCACCUCAAACUUAAGAUGUUCAAAACAGUUUUUAAAUCUUUCUUCUCCUUACUUUACCUACUCAUCCUACUGUAUUCUCCAUCAUGGUAAAUGGCAUCACGCAUCACCCAGAUGGCCAUACUAGAAACCUGGGACACAUCUAGUUUCCUCCUUUCUGUAUCUGGUCAGCCUUCAAAUCUUGGUGAUUCUGCCUAGUGACAUCUCUCUGGUUUGUCCUCCCAUUCCCACUUCCUUGGUCUUGUUCAGGCUAUAACAUCCUUUGCCAUAAACCUGUAUCAGGAAAGACCUAUAGCAGAGUCUGGGGGGAAGUCAGAGGAAGGAGUGGCCAGUUCUAUCCAGGAGACAUCGGAAAGGUUAGAGAAGGAGACAUUUGAACUCUGCCUUGAGAGAACAUUAGGAGUUUACCAGGCAGAGAAGGGGUAAAGGUAUUUUAAUUAGAGUGAUGGCCACUCUGUGCUUUAAACCAUGGGUAAACAACCCAAUUAGGAGCAGAAAGAAUGAAACAUUCUUGGGGGCAAAGUAGGGGAGCUGAUGAAUUAUCUAAUGUGUGUGACGCUAUUCAAAGUUUUUCAAGUUCUACUGUGAAAAUAGUAUAAUAGAAAACUAAGCCAUUAGGAGAAAAAUUAAAUCCGAGAAAAAUAGAGCAGUAAUAUUUGAGGUAUUCUCUAGUUUCACCUUAUUUUAAAGAUUAGUGAGGCUGGGCCUAAGUGAGUGUUAGUUGCAGAACUCAGGUCUAGAACGCACCACACCACAGUUCAUCAAUGACAAAACAGGAUAUAAGUUUCAAGAAACUGCAACCAAAUUAGAAGAGGCAAUAAAAAAUGUAGACCAGAUCCACACAAAGACUCGUAUGCGAAUGUCCAUAGCAGCACGUUAUUAUUAAUAGUCCAAAAGUGGAAACAGUCCAAGUGUCCAUCAACUGAGAACAGAUAAGCAAAAUGUGGUGUAUGCAUACAAUGGAUUUAGAAAUUAAAAGGAACAGACUACUGAUACAUGCUACAACAUAGAUGGACCUAAAAAACAUUAUGCUAAAUGAAAUAAACCAGACGCAAAAGACUAUAUGAUUCCAUUUAUAUUAAAUUCUUAGAAAAGGUAAACCUAUAGAGACAGAAAGCAAAUUAGUGUUUCCCUGAAGCUGGAGGUGGGAGGAGGAAUUGACUGCAAAGAGGCAUGAGGGAACUUCCUGGGAGAUUGAAAUGUUCUAAAUCUGGCUUGUGAUAAUGAUUGCACAACUCUAUAAAUUUACUAAAAAUCAUUGAAUUGUACAUUUACAUUGGGUACAUUUUUUGGUGUGUAAAUUAUAUCUCAAUAAUUUUGUUUAAAAAACAAAAAAGAUAGACUAGCGUAUAAAAAAAAAAGCAUAUAGAUAGAAAAAAAUGAGGUGACAUAAGAGUUUUCUCGUCCAGUCAACAUGACCCAAUAAAUCUAUGGAUGAGAGUGCUGCAGCUCAUUGAACACCCUGUUUAUUUUCUCAUAGCUAACCCCCCUGUUAUGAAUUGUGCUCUUUGAAACUUCCAUGAUAUUAGUUUGGGAUAAGAGGUGAGUAGGAUAAUAGAUGUUAAAAAUAACUAUCAUUUUUUAUUUCAAAAAUACGUUUAUUUCAGAAAACUGAAAAUGGCAAAUGGAACUCAAUAGAAAUCACUUGUAAUCCUGCAUCCAAAGGUAACUGUAAAUAUUUUGAUGUAUGUCCUUUCAGACAUACACACUUUUCUUCCAAAAUGGGAUCGUAUCUUACAUAUUGCUUUAUGAUCUUUUCUUACUUUUGAAUACAUUUUUCCAGGUCAGUAAAUACUUUUAUAAGAAAUUAUAUUAACCGUAUAGUAUUUUAUCCUUCCCACAACUGAUUUAACUAAUCCCUAUUGUUGGACUUCAGGUAAUUUCUACUAUUCAGGUGAUAAAGCAGCAUUAUGACAAAUAACCCUUGCAGAUGUAUCUUUGUGUGCCUUCAUAGAUUUGUAGGAUCAAAGUAGGGGAAACACUUUUGACAUAUAGUGGAAUAUAAAUAUUCACAUCCUCAACGUAAAAAAAUUUCAUGCCUGCGAUGGUUAAGGUUAUGUGUCAACUUUACUAGGCCAUGACUCUCAGUGGUUUGGUAGAUAUGUAAUCAUCCUUUAUUUUGUGAUCUGAUAUGAGCAGCCAGUCAGUUGAAAGGGGAGUUUCCUUGGGGUCGUGGCCUGCAUCCAGUGUAUAUAUAGAUGUUCUCGCAAAGCUUGCCCUAUCUGCAUCCUGCAUCCGACUUGUCAUCCUCUGACUUCUAGUUCUUGGAACGUGAGCCAACAGCCUGCCGCCUGACCUGAAGUAUUGGGUUCAUCAGCCCCUGCAACCACAUGAGUCUGGAGAAGCCUCCAGCUUGACAUCUGACCCACGGAUUUGGGACUUGCCAGCUUCCACAACUGCUUGAGCCAUUUCUUUGAUAUAAAUUUUUCUCUCUAUAUUUAUAGAUGUAUGUGCUUCACUGGUUUUGCUCCUCUAGAGAACCCAGCCUAAGAUAAUGUCCAAGGGCCACCUGGUCUUUUCAGAACUGUGAGUCAGCAGGUUGAUGUUAUCACAGCAUAAUUCUUUGUGGUCUCUUUGAAAGUAACCUUUGAAAGGGGUGGUCUCCAAAGGUCUUUUGUGUAGUUGAUCAUAGGGAUUUCUAGGCUCAUGAUUCUGUAAAUUGUAGGGCAGGCACAGAUGGUCAGUGUUAUCCACUCCCUGCUUAUCCUAGCUCUGCCUUUACAGAUAUCUGCCCUGGGUGAUGCAAGCGGUUUGCACUCAACUACUAACUGAAAAGUUGGCGGUUCAAAUCCACCCAGUGGUGCCGUGGAAGAGAGGCCUGGCUUUCUAUUCCAUAAUAUUACAGCCAUUGAAAACCCUAUGCAGUGCAGUUCUACUCUGACACACAUGGGGUUGUCAUGAGUCAGAAUCAGCUUGACGGCAAUGGGGCCCUUUCUGAAGAAGAGCAGAAAAUGAUCAAGUCUCAGGAAUUAGUCUCUUUCAAGGAUGUGACUGUGGACUUCACCCAGGAGGAGUGGCAGCAGCUGGACUCUGCUCAAAGAAACCUAUACAGGGAUGUGAUGCUGGAGAACUAUAGCAACCUUGUCUCAGUGGGGUAUCAGUCUCUGAAGUCAGAUUUGAUCUUCUUGUUGAAGCAAGAAGAAUCAUUGAUGGAGGAAGGAAAAAUCUCGAGCUGGGUCUAUUCAGACUUUGACAUUAGACCUGAAAUAAAAGAAUUAAACCCACAAAGGAGCAUAUCUGAAGAAGUUACACUUAGUAACAUAGUGUAUUCAAUUUUUGAAGACUGGAAACUUGAAGUAGGAAGUCACCAGAAAAACCAAGACAAACUUUUGAGCCAAGACACAUUCUUCAACAAUAAGUUACUGACUGAGGAGAUAGAUCAUGGAUGUAAUGCACAAGGAAAAGUAGUUCACCUGAACGGGAAAUCUAAUGAACACAUCAGAGGCUUCAUGCAGAAGUCACACUUCCUUGCACAACAAAAAAUUCUUUCCAAUGAGAAACCACAUAAAUGUAUUCCGUGUGGAAAGUUGUUCAGUGGCAAGUCAGGACUCAUUGUACAUCAGAGAAUUCAUACUGGGGAGAAACCAUACAAAUGUAAUGAAUGUGAAAAAGCCUUUAUUCAGAAGUCACAACUCACUGUACAUCAGAGAACUCAUACAGGAGAGAAGCCCUAUGAAUGUAGUGAAUGUGGGAAAGCUUUCAUCAAGAAGUCAACACUUAGUGUACAUCAGAGAGCUCAUACUGGAGAGAAACCAUAUGAAUGCAAUGAAUGUGGGAAAGCCUUCAUCAGGCGCUCACAGCUUAUUGAACAUCAUAGGAUUCAUACUGGGGAGAAACCUUAUAGAUGUAAUGAGUGUGGUAAAGCUUUUAGCAGGAAGUCAAAACUGAAUUUACAUCACAGAAUUCAUACUGGGGAGAAACCCUUUGAAUGCAAUGAAUGUAAAAGAGCAUUCAUUAAGAAGUCAGAUCUCAUUGUACAUCAAAGAAUUCACACUGGGGAGAGAAGAUAUCAGUGCAGUGAAUGUGGGAAAGCCUUCAUCCGGAGUUCACAGUUAAUCGAACAUCAGAGAAUUCAUACUGGAGAAAAACCAUAUGAAUGCAGUGAAUGUAGGAAAGCAUUUAUCCAGAAAUCACAACUUAUUGUGCAUCAAAGAAUACAUACUGGGAAGAAACCCUAUGAAUGCAGUGAGUGUGGAAAAGCCUUCAGAAGGAAGUCACACCUCACUGUACAUCAUAGAAUACAUACUGGAGAAAAACCCUACAAAUGCAGUGAUUGUGGAAAAACCUUCAGCAAAAAAUCUACUUUUCUUAUUCAUCAGAGAAUUCAUAUUGGACAGAAACAUUUUUAGUGGAAUGAGAAAACCUUAAUUCAUUCAUCAAAACUUUAUUACACAUCAUAAAAUUCAUAUGGGCUAGAAACUUUAUAAAUGUACUAAAUGUGGGAAGCCUUCAACAAUAACUCUGGUAUUAUUAAGCACCAGAAAAUUCAUACUGAGAAGCAAUUCUGUAAAUUUAAAGAAUGUGAAAUAACGUUUCCAAAGAAAUAACAUUACAUUUGACAUGUUGGUCUAGACCUAAUACUAAAGAUUUUUAAGAGGUAUUUUAGAAAUAUUUCAGUUGUAUAUGAUUGAUAUUCACUGUGAAAUAUGCAUAUUUUUAAAAGAGUAAAUAAGUUGAUUAAUCACAACAAAGUAACUAACAUGUAUGUAGUCAUUCUCCAAAUGAGGUAGAGGUGGCAUUCAUAACCCAUAUUAUCUGUAGGUUGGAAGCAGAUAUGGAUAUUCACACCUGCCUUGCUAAAUGACACCAUUUUUUCCUAAAACACAAAAUAUAAAAUGACAAAUCAUAAGUGAAAAAGCAAUAUGGUUGUGUCCCCUCAAACUGUGUCAACUUGGCUAGCCUGUGAUUCCCAAUAUUGUGUGAUUGUCCACUAUUUUGUCAUGUGAUGUGAUUUUUCUUUGUUUUAAAAUCCUACCUCUGUAAUGUUAAUAAAGUGGGAAUUAGUGGCAGUUAUGGUAAUGAGACAGGACUGAAUGUACAAGAUUAGGCUGUGUCUUGGUCAAUCUCUGAGAUAUAAAAGAAAGAAGCAAGCAGAGAAAAAGGCAACCUCAUACCACCAAGAAAGCAG